CGUGGGAUGGGACUCUUAUUACUGCGACUGACGUAAAACGAGGGCGCCUAGAGAUAGCGCGGCAGCCAUGAUAGUGCGUCUGUUGUGGUGAAGUUACUAGUUUCAAUAUUCGGAAAACGCGUCGUUUAUUACAUAUUUAGUUUUCAAAGCUGAUUUUGGAGUGGACGUUAUAAAACAAAAAUGAGUGACGACAUGGACGUGAUUCCCGAAAGAGAAAUGAAAGACUUUCAGUUUAAGCAGAUGAAAAAGAUCCGCAUCUUCGAGUCUCCCCACGAGUUGCCCAAAGAACGAUGCAAUCUGCUGGCUGUUUCCAAUAAGUAUGGACUGACGUUUGCUGGUGGAACCAAAGAGCUGAAGGUUUUCCUAACUAAACAAAUAAUUGCAGCCAAUCAGCCCGGAGGAAACCCCAACGAAAUAGAGGAGGGCUUAAAAGCAUUAAGUAUUCCAAUGAAGUAUCCGUUGCAUCAUAUAGCGCUCAGCUCAGAUGAACUGACCUUGUCUGUCUGCACAAUGUCCAGAGAAUGUGGGGUCGUUAUCAUAUUCUAUGAUGUCAGAACCUUCCUGAACAAGGACAAGCCACAGAAGCGUGCAUUUGCAUAUCACAAGGCAGCCGCUGAAGAGGGUUGCUCAGUCUAUGACCUGAAGUGGAACCCGACUCUCCCCUCCCUGUUAGCAAUGUGUCUGUCUGACGGCAGUCUGCAUAUACUGGAGGUGACUGAUGCUGUGAAAGUGCAGGCACAGCUUCCUCCUUCAACAGGCAUCACAUCAGUGUGUUGGAGCCCUAAGGGGAAACAAGUGGCUGCAGGGAAACAGGAUGCAACUGUUACCCAGUACUCUCCUACUCUGCAAGAGAAGAAAGUUAUCCCUUGCCCUAGUUUUUAUAGCUCCGAUAAUCCAGUAAAAGUGCUGGAUGUGCUGUGGCUCAGUACCUACGUCUUCGCUGUGGCCUAUGCAGCUGCUGAUGGGACUCUAGAAACCCCACCAGAGCUUGUGGUCGUGUCGCUGCCUAAAAAAGAUGAAAAGCGAGAGGAGAGGUUUCUGAACUUCAGCGAUUUGCUUUUUGGCUCCUGCACGGAGAGACAGCACCAUUACUACCUGAGCCACGUAGAAGACUGGGAUAUGGUUCUGGCAGCAUCUGCGGGUUCCAUUGAAGUCAGCAUUAUUGCUAAACAGGAGGACAAGACAAACUGGGAGCUGUGGUUGUUGGAAGACGCUAGCCGGGCAGAACUUCCUGUAACUCUGAGCAACGAGGAUACCUUGCCAGUAGGUGUCGCUAUAGACUACACCAGCCAGGGGGAAAUACACAUCAGUGAUGAGAAGAGUCUGCCCCCAGCUCCGAUUCUCAUGCUGCUCUCCACUGAUGGAGUGCUGUGUCCGUUCUAUCUGAUCAAUCAGAACCCUGGAGCCAAGCAACUCAUAACUCCCCCGGGACCCCUCUCGAUAGAGGGGGAGAGGCAGCCCAAAGCGGGAGCUGUUUCAUCACCUCCACCUGCUACCUCUGCUCCUUCUGCCUCAGCUGUUAUCCCAGCAGCAGCUCCAGCUAUCAGACCUCCAGCCACUACCUUCUCCAGCUCUGCCACUGCUGCAGCCCAAGUCAUGGCCCCUGCUGCCUCCACCGCUGCCUUCUCCUUCACCUCCAAUCCUCCAUCUGGCUCUGCCUUCUCUCUGGGUCCUGCUACAUCAAAACCAGCUGUUGGUACGACGUCUUUCAGGGGAACAUCCUCUUUCUCCUUUGCUCCUCCCAAUGCCAAGUCCAUGCCGGUUGCAACGUCAGCCUCUAACUUUUCCUUCGGCUCUGCUUCUGUGAAACCCCCGGGAGAAAGCUCUGCUGCACCCCCUGGCAUGACAACGCCCAUUGCCAGCUUCAAGACCAACUUGGACCCAUCAACUCCUCCCGUUAAACUCAACCUUGCUGACCGAUUUUCAGCUGUGGAGACACCGGCCCCAUCUGCUGUCGGGAGUGUGGGCCAGUUUGCUUUCACUUCUACACCAAAGCCGGCUUUUGCAGGACCUGUUGGCCAGUCCGUGCAUCUAUCUGUGUCUGUCCCUGUUUCUGCAGCCAAAUCAAAUAAGAUAGCUGCAUUGUCAGCGCCCUCCCACCCUGCACAGAAUGUUGCUCAGACAUCUGCCAUGCACAAGCCUAGCUCUGCAGCCCCAUCCUCUACACAGUCCUCUUUGUCAGUCACAGCUUCAGAUAAAGAUCUGCAGAAGAGAAAGGCUUCAGACCCGGUCAUGACUGGAAUAUUUGAAGAGAUCGCUCAUUUCCAGAAGGAGCUGGAUGAUUUGAAAGCCCGGACCACCAAGGCAGACUUCAGCGUGGGCACCCCAGAGCAGAUGAAGGAACUGAGGAGCGACGCGGAGGAUCUUCACACCUUCAUUCUGGAGAUCAAAGAAACUACAGAGUCUUUACAUGGAGAUAUUGGCACCUUAAAGACCACUCUGCUGGAGGGAUUUGCUGGAGCAGAGGAAGCCAUAGCUCAGAGCGAGAGGAAUAAGGAUCAGCAAUACAAGCAGCUCCUGUACAAGAAACCCCUGGACCCCAGAAGUGAAGCCCAGCUCAAAGAAAUUCGUCGGUUGUACCAGUACACCAAGUUUGCGGUGGAGGAUGUGAAUGAUGUUCUUGAUUUGGAGUGGGAUAAACACCUGGAGACGAAAAAGAAGCAAAGGCGUCUGGUUGUUCCCGAGCGAGAAUCCUUGUUCAACACUCUGGCCAAUAACCGCGAUAUCAUCAAUCAGCAGAGGCAGAAACUCACCCACAUCGUGAACAACUUGCAGGAGCUCCGGCUCUACAACAAGACCUCCCAGUGGCGUAUGCCCAGCGAGCCCUCCACGCUGAGCAGUGACCAAGGCUUUGAUAACGAGCUGGAGAAUCUACGUGCUACACUGCUGAAAGCAAGCCUGGAGACGUCCCCCGUAACCCCCAGUAAAUCUCCUGCCAAGCUGUCUCCAGUAAAACAGUCCCAGCUGAGAAAUUUCCUUUCCAAGAGACAGACCCCUCCUGUCCGCUCCACUGCGCCAGCAAACCUGUCCAGGUCUGCUUUUCUCUCCCCGAAGUACUUUGAAGACCUGGAUGACGCCAGUUCCACCUCCUCUGUGUCUCAGGCCCUGGAUCCAGAGGACUUGCAGUUCAUGGAGCCCGAGGAUAUGAUGCCUGUACCUAGACACCCUACCGUGGUUCGCAUGCCCUCCAUCCAGCCCGGCUUUGUAGCCCAGUCCAGCCCCUUGGGGAAAGUCCAACUUGGAAUCAAUCCUGUCCUGAGCCCAGUUAUGAUGCAACCUAGUAAAAAAAGUGCAGUGGGUGCAGACAGCACAGCGCUCGCUACCAAGACAGUGAAACACGGCGCCCCCCCGGCUAUUGAGAGGAGCCCAGCCGCCACAGUGUCCGCCCAACAGGCUGCUGCUGCCGCGGCAAUGAGGAGACACAUGACCAAUCAGACACCAGUGGGGAAUACCUCCCUCACAGAAUCCACGCUGAAGACGGUUCCACAAGUUGUGAAUGUACAGGAGCUGAAAGAUAAAGGUGCAGCUAUGCCAGUAUCGACAGUGCUCAGCUCCUCAGUGCCAGCCCCCGCUGCCCAGGUUAUUCAACAGGUUUUGGCUAUAGUGGCAACAAACCAGGCUAAACAGGCACAUAAUUCGCAGCUAAGUGCAGUGAAGGCCUCUGGGCCAGCUACAAGCAACACUGGCUUUGCAUUUGCAGGUGGCGCUGUGAAGGGUGAAACUCCCACCCCCGUCUCUGCUACUGUGCCUGCUGGGCUUUCCAGCAAUGCAUUCUCCUUUACUUCAGCAGCGCCUGGAGGUGGACUUGGUUUUGGGGCUCUGAACACUUCCUCAGCUUCAGCUCUGCAAGGGGGCACUCAAGCAACUGAAAAGGAACCCAGCCAGGCCAGUAAAUUUUCCUUCACCACUGCAGGAUCGAAGCCUGUGUUUGGAUCUGGCACGGAUGGCUCGUUCUCUUUCAGUACCCUCAAACCCGCAGUAGGGGAAACCUCCACUGCCACAAAACCAGCCGUGCACGCAGCUGCCGUCAAAACAGAGGCGCCACCCUCCAAGUCAGGCAAUGGUUUCUUCCAGGCCCACCCUCCUGGGGAGACGCUGGGUAGUUUCUCGGGCCUACGAGUGGGGCAAGCCGAAGAGGAGGCCCAAGCAGCUGCCAAGGCUGCAAGCGGGGCUUUCAGCUUCACACAGACAGAAAUGGCCGCACCGGGCAACACGGCAUCUGAAUUUACCUUUGGAAGCACCUUCCAGACGGGGAAACUUGCUGAUUCUACCAACACAGAGGCAGUUUCCACCACCACUACAGCCAAUCCUGCCAGUGUGUUCGGCAACAUCCUGGUGGCCAGCACAGCGGGAUCUACGGGAGUCCUUAAGUUGGGCGAAUCUGUGACACCCGCUGCCGCUUUUACCAUUGAACAGCCGAGCAGCACCACAGCCCUCAGCUCCUCCACUGCCCCUUCAUUUAGUAGCCUGCUUGGAACUCCUGCAGCAUCCUCCCUGGCGAUGGGAGACGCCAAGGCAGCUAGUCCCGCUGAGAAACCGUUUGUGUCUGCAGAGCCAGCACCUGUACUGCAGGUUGUUGAGAAGACAGUACCACCACCUCCUUAUCCUGCUGCAACUGCAGAAGAGAGCACGGAGACUGCAGCCCCUGCGGAAGCAUCCGCUGCUCUGAAGGCUUCAGAAAAGCCUGCUGUAGUGCCGAGUGAGGCAGCACCCGUACCUGCGCCUGUAUCUACGUCAACAGCAGCUUCCAGCAUCCCUGCGCCUGUCAGCACCCCAUCCACCGAAGCCAGCAAUGCACCCCAAACCACUCUCCCAGCUGUACCCCUGCAGCAGCCCUCUGUUUUUGGGCAGCCUCCAAGUAUCGACCAGCCAGCAUCAGUUUUUGUCCAGGCUUCCAGCAGCACUGAAAAUGCAAACCAGGCGGCCUCUGGUUUGGCUCAGUCUGUUACAGCCGCUGCCGCUGCCCCCACCCACAUCACCACACACACCACGUCAGCACCGGCCGCUGCUUUCGGGCAGCCCCCUGGUAUCACCGCAGCAGCAACCGCCAGCUCUGGGUUUGGUGCCCCCGGGUUCGGUUCAAGUUCCGGAUUUGGAAAGCCUGCCUUUGGACAAUCGUCAGGUUUCGGCCAGCCAGCCAGCAGCUCAGCAAACAAUUUCACCUUUGGACAGUCGGCUUUUGGUUCCACCGCGGCUUUCGGACAGCAGGCUGCUUCUACUCCCCCAUCAAGCAGCGCCGGGCUCUUUGGGUCAUCGAGCACCAGUAGCGCCAGUUCCUUCUCCUUCGUGCAGACUGCUAGCAGCGCCAGCAGCAGCACUGGUGGGGGGCCCUUCGGGCAGAGCACCGCGCCUGCAUUCGGGCAGAACUCCGGGUUCGGGCAGAACGCUUCAGUCUUUGGAGGCAACACCACCACUACUUCUUCAUCCGGCUUGAGCUUUGGGCAGUCUUCAGGUUUUGGCCCCUCGUCCAAUACUUCAGUGUUUGGUCAGCAGUCCAACGGGGGCAGUGUCUUUGGCCAGCAGCAGGCGUCCUCCGGCGGGGGACUGUUUGGGUCAGGUAGCGGAAAUGGAGCGGGGGCAGGAGGAGGAGGAGGAGGAGGGGGCUUCUUCAGCGGUCUGGGGGGGAAGCCCAGCGAGGACGCGGCGAAUAAGAACCCAUUCGGAGUCGCCAGCGGCGGAGGGUUUGGGCAGACCAGCCAGCCAGGAGCUAACAGCCUGUUUGGGAAUAGCGGUGCGAAGGGAUUCGGGAGCUCCUCGUUUGGGGAGAAACCCAGCGGCACCUUCAGUACAGGAGCCAGCAGCGUGGCCACGCAAGGAUUCGGCUCCUUCACCAGCCCGGUGAAAGCAGGUGGCUUUGGUGCUGCUCCGGUGUUUGGCAGCCCUCCUGCCUUCGGGAGCUCUCCUUCCUUCGGAGGGUCGCCAGCAUUUGGGUCAGCCCCGACCUUUUCUAGUCCUCUGGGCUCGACGGGAGGCAAAGUGUUCGGUGAGGGGACGGCUGCUGCCAGCGCAGGAGGAUUCGGCAGCUUUGCUUCCGCCUCCAACGCCCCGACCUUCGGUAGCCUAGCCAGCCAGAACGCCCCCUCUUUCGGGAACCUGGCCCAGCAGGGCCCCGGAUUCGGGGGGCAGCAGAGUACUGGGUUCACUGGGUUCGGAUCAACUGGAGGAGCAUUUGGAAGCAGCGGGUUCAGCUCCUCCAAUCAAUCUUCUCAAUCACUGGGCGGUUGGAGAAGUUAGAUUUUAUAGAAUCUGCUGUCAGCCACACAACUGUGCGCCAGCCUCUGCAAUCUGCAAUCAAGCUCUAAAAAGCUACUGCUUAUUGACCACAAUUUCUGUUCUGAGUCACAGCUGCAAGGGAGCUUGUGCUUUGAUCAUGCAGCAUGCAGUCAAAUGAAGCUUGUAAUAAUUCAGGAUUGAAACAAUAAGAGAUUAUCACGAUUUGUUUUUGCUCUUUAUUUAUUUUACUGCAAAUGAUUAUUGAUGCAUUAUCAGUGAGAAUAGUGUUUCUGACAGUCAUCUUGAACUGAAAAGGAUCAGCGCCACUGGUACAGGGCGUCUGCUAAGAAAUAAAUAAUAAUAAUAUAAGGGGCGUCUGCUAAGAAACAGAGAAUCACGGCUGUAUCUCCAAGCAUGCCGUGGCAAAUUAGUGAACAUCUCAGAUUAGUGUGUCCGCCACCAGACAAAACCCCUUAAAGGGUAGCUGGAGGGACUGAUUGUUGUGAUGAGCAUUCCUAUGGAGAGAUAGCGCUCGACAGUGUGCGGAUGUCUAUGUAGGUGCAUUGCUAAAGGGGAAAGAAUGUCUAUUAUGGUGUGCACUUAAAGAAUGGAGUGGCCUGUGUCGUGUUCUCCUCAACUGUUUGCUCUCGGGGAUGUCUAUAAAUAGGUGUUUGCUAGGAGCUGUCUCUUGAACCUCACAUCUUGGCUUUGUUGCAGAUUGAUAGCGACCAUGGCAUAGCUACGGCUACUCUGUACCUUGCAUUGCUAAAGGAGAGGAGAGGGGGGUGGGGGGGUCAUGUUUCUGACAUGCAGGUUAACAAGCUACUUACAGUCUAAUACGCAAGCAAAAAUAUUUAUUGUUAAGGUUUUUGUAUACUAGGUAAUGUGACCUUUAAAAUGUGCAAUCCUCUGAAUCAGUUUGUCUCAGAUAUAAUUUAUUAAUUGUUUUUUAUGCUUUUUGGGGCAAUGCUCAAUAAAUGCUUUAUAUGUUUUA